AUGGCGAUCCCUCCAACCGCUACCAACGGCCUGAACGGUGUGGCCACCCCCAAAACGACCCUAAACCGAGCAGCCGAAGUAGAAGAUCUCAUCGACGCGGUCAAGUCUCUCAUCACACCCUAUAUACAGGCGGCAGACGACGCAGCAUCAACGAGGGCCACGGGGAGUAACACCUCCUCCGCUGAGACUAACGGCGCUACGUCUCGCAAUGUUCUGGUCGAAGCUCACUCGCCCAAGGCUCUUGUAGAGCGUCUAGCCUUUUCACUGCCACAGAAGGAGGGAAGGGGACGUUCUGGAUUACUGGAAACCAUUGAAGGAGUUCUCAAGUACAGUGUCAACACCUGGGACCAAGGGUUCUUGGACAAGCUGUACUCGAGCACCAACGCUGUCCACAUCUACACCGUGUCGCCGGCCCUGACGCUGAUCGAGAAGAGCACCGCCAAAAGCCUGGCGCAGCUCUUCGGCUUCACCGGUCCGCGCGCCGGGGGCGUGACCUGCCAGGGCGGCUCGUCGUCCAACCUGACGUCGCUGGUGAUCGCGCGCAACACGCUGUACCCAGCGACCAAGACGGACGGCAACGGCGCCCACGCCUUUGUCGCCUUCACGAGCGCCCACGGGCACUACAGCGUCGAGAAGGCCGCCACCACCAUCGGCCUGGGCUCGAAAUCCGUCGUGACGAUCCCCGUUGAUGCCUCGGGCCGCAUGAUCCCGUCCGCGCUGCGGAACGCCAUCGUCACGGCGCGAGACGCUGGCAAGACGCCGCUGUACGUCAACGCGACGGCCGGCACGACGGUGCUGGGGUCGUACGACCCGUUCGAGGACAUAUCGGCCAUCUGCAGGGAAUUCGGCCUCUGGAUGCACGUCGACGCGUCGUGGGGUGGCUCGGCCGUCUUCUCGACGGCGCAGCGGCACAAGCUCGGGGGAGCCGGGCUCGCGGACUCGAUCACCGUCAACCCGCACAAGAUGAUGAACGUGCCGCUGACAUGCUCGUUCCUGCUGACCAACGACGUGUCCGUCUUCCACCGCGCCAACACCCUUCCCGCGGGCUACCUGUUUCACGAGAACGGCGAGGACGAGGGCGCCGAGGAGAAGGAGUUCUGGGACCUGGCGGACCUCACGCUGCAGUGCGGCCGCCGGGGCGACGCCCUGAAGCUGGCUCUGGCGUGGAUCUACUACGGUGCAACAGGGUUCGAACAGCAGGUCGACCACGCGUUUGCAAUGGCGAGCCACCUGGCGACGCUCAUCCAAGAGCAUCCCGAGUUUGAGCUCGUGUCGUCCAACCCGCCGCCGUGUCUGCAGGUGUGUUUCUACUACGCGCCGGGUGGACAGGUGGCAGAGGACAAGGCGGAAAACACGAGGAGAACGAGUGAGAUGGUGAGGAGGCUGGUUGCUCGGGGGUUCAUGGUUGAUUAUUCGCCAGGGGAGAGAGGCAGUUUCUUCCGAGUGGUGGUCAACUGCCAGACAUUGCCAGGGACGGUGGAGGGAUUAGUCAAGGCAUUGGAAGGUGUUGGCAAAGAUCUUGUGUCUCGGGAAUGA